CAGAAGCCAAAUAGCAAAAGCCUAUUCAAGUGCGAGUGAACAAAAGAAUGGCGGAUCAUAAGGUGGCGGAUAGUGGCGAAUUGGAGAUGACCGACGAACAGGUUAAGGAGGUGGCGGAGAAGAACCCAACCCUGAGAGAUCGGAAGGUGUCGUGGGCAAAACUCCGCCGUGUGGACUCCCUCAACCUGGAGGCCGGUCGUGUUUCCAUGAACCACAACCACCACUCCUCUCAGGUGAACUGGGCAAGGACUAUGAGCUUGGUUUUUCAGAGCAUAGGAGUGGUGUACGGGGACAUAGGGACAUCACCGCUGUAUGUUUUCGCGAGCACUUUCGAUGAUCACAUCAACGACAAAGAGGACAUCCUCGGGGUCCUGUCCCUCAUAAUUUACACCAUCGUUCUCAUCCCCCUCCUCAAAUACGUCUUCAUUGUCCUCCUAGCCAAUGACAACGGCGACGGAGGAACGUUUGCUCUGUACUCGCUCAUAUGCCGGUAUGCGAAGGUGAGCCUGAUCCCGAACCAACAACCAGAGGACAGGGAACUGUCGAACUACAAGCUCGACACCCCGUCGGUGCAGCUGAGACGGUCCCAGAAGAUCAAGGAGAAGCUCGAGAGCAGCAAAAGUGCCAAAAUGGUCCUCUUCCUUGUCACCAUAAUGGGCACCUCGAUGGUGAUCGGAGACGGAGUCCUCACACCAUCCAUAUCAGUUCUUUCUGCAGUCGGGGGGAUCAAGUCACUCGGACAAAAUGCUGUGGUGGGAAUAUCAAUAGUCAUCUUGAUCACUCUGUUCAGCGUCCAGCGGUUUGGAACCGAUAAGGUGGGGUUGUCGUUUGCACCAAUCGUGUUCGUGUGGUUCUCCUUCAUCGGCGGAAUUGGGCUGUACAACUUGUUCAAGUACAAUAUGGGGGUGCUGCGUGCCUUCAACCCUAAGUACAUAGUGGACUAUUUCAAAAGGAACGGGAAGCAAGGCUGGAUUUCUCUUGGUGGAGUUUUCCUUUGCAUCACAGGUACUGAGGCCAUGUUCGCUGAUCUCGGUCAUUUCAGUGUCCGUGCAAUACAAAUUAGUUUCUCUUGCAUUACACUACCAGCGUUGCUAACUGCUUACAGCGGUCAAGCUGCAUUCCUCACUAAACACGCCGAUAAAGUAUCUGAUACAUUUUAUGAGAGCAUACCAGGACCGAUGUAUUGGCCAACAUUCGUGUCGGCGGUUGCAGCAACAAUUGUCGCAAGCCAGGCUAUGAUCUCGGGAGCAUUUGCUAUAGUUUCACAAUCGCAAGCACUCGGCUGCUUCCCAAGGGUUAAGGUUGUCCAUACCUCCGCCAAGUAUGAAGGUCAAGUCUACAUCCCUGAGAUCAACUACAUCCUCAUGAUUGCUUGUGUUAUAGUUACUGCUGCCUUCAAGACAACCGAGAAGAUCGGACAUGCCUAUGGAAUUGCUGUGGUGUCGGUGAUGGUCAUCACAACCUGCAUGGUGACCCUUAUAAUGCUCGUCAUAUGGAAAACAAACAUAUGGUUGAUUAUCUUCUUCUUCGUGGCCUUCGGCUUAAUAGAGAUUGUCUACAUGUCCGCGGUCCUUUCCAAGUUUGUACAGGGUGGAUACCUCCCCUUAGUCUUAGCCUUUGUCCUUAUGACUAUCAUGAUCAUCUGGCAUUACGUCCACAAGGAGCGCUACAUGUUCGAGCUCAAGAACAAGGUCUCCGGUGAUUUUAUUAGAGAUCUGGCCAAGAAUCCUGAUGUGAAUAGGGUUCCCGGAAUUGGGCUCCUCUAUUCCGAGCUCGUCCAGGGCAUUCCUCCAAUCCUCUCCCACUUUGUAUCCAACAUCCCGUCCAUCCACUCCGUUCUUGUAAUUGUCUCAAUCAAGAACCUCCCGAUUAGUAGGGUGGUCCCUGAGGAGCGGUUCCUCUUCCGACAGGUUGAACCCAGGAACUUCCGCAUGUUCCGAUGUGUUGUUAGGUACGGUUACAAAGAUGCAAUACAAGAGCCAAAGGAGUUCGAGCGGAGCUUGGUCGAGAACUUGAAGGAAUUCAUCCGCCAAGAGCAUUACCUCUUCGAGGAGCCUAUCCUGGACCAGCAGUCUGAGCAGAUGAAUCUGGCACAAUCAGCCGUCCUUGCAGGAGAUGAGAAGGCAAAUGGGUCAGCGGAAUCCCUCCAGCAGCCAAGCAACAACCUCGCAACCCAUGCUUCCUCGGAUUCCUCGUUCAAUGUGAUCAGGUCCGAAGUCUCAUCCAUUCGUUCUACAGCAGGACCCGCGCAAGCAGGGCUGGAGGCAGAGAUGCAAUUCGUGCAAAGCGCCCUUGAGAAAGGCGUGGUCUACCUUCUUGGAGAGGCGGAGGUGGUGGCAGAGCCCAAUUCUUCCCUGUUCAAAAAGAUAGUCGUGAACUAUGCCUAUAAGUUUCUUAGAAAGAACUUUAGGGAGGGCGAGAAGAUCAUGGCAAUUCCGAGAACGAGGCUUCUCAGGGUCGGAAUGACGUACGAAAUAUAAUGUCAAACUCCUCCUAUGAAUAAAAAAAAGUAGAAGAAUGUCCAGAAAUCAUGCCAUGGAAGAGGCAAGAAAUCUUUGUCAUUGGGACAAAAGUUUGAGCAAAAACUACUGAUGGUAUGUCAAUGACCAUGGCAUUCAAAGCCAUCCAA